CCCACAAUAAACCAAGCUUUCAACUGAAGCAUCGAAGGGAGAAAGCAAAGCAAAGAAGAAAGAUGGAACAUGGCAUCCUCUUCUCCUCCUUCUUCCUUGCCCUCUUCCUCCUCUUCUCCGCCUCGUCGGCCUUCAACAUCACCAAGAUCUUAGAGAAGCAGUCGGACUUCUCCAACUUCAACAGCCUCCUCUCCGAGACAAAGCUAGCUAACGAGAUCAACAAACGUAAAACCAUCACCAUACUCGCCGUGGACAAUGGCGGCGUUGGAGGCCUCUCCGGACAAUCCUCUGACCUAACCAAGAAAAUCCUGAGCGUCCACGUUAUCUUGGAUUACUACGACUCGGACAAGCUUAAAAAGCUCUUCAAAUCAAACAAGUCUGUAACUCUCACCACAAUGUUCCAAUCGACCGGUCAGGCUCGCCACCAACAAGGUUUCAUCACCGUUUCGGUGAAAGACAACCAUAUCUCAUUUGCAUCCGCAUACAAGGGCAACAAUAAUGGCGGCAAUCACGUCAACCUCGUUAAGUCGGUUGUUUCCCAACCCUACAACAUUUCAGUUCUCCAAGUGGGGUCCAUCAUCGACGUGCCUGACAUCGAGAACACCGACUCUGCCCCCGCCCAAUCACCAAAGUCUGCCAAGGCUCCCAGCCCCUCGAAGUCUAAGAAAGGAGGUGAUGACGGGGCUCCCAGUCCGUCGGAAGACGAUGAGUCAUCAUCUGACAAGGCUCCAGCCCCAUCAAAGAAAAAACACGACAAAGACGACAAAGACGAAAAAUCCUCGCCACCAAAGCCAUCUGAUGAUGACUCGUCGUCAGAUAGUGCUCCAGCUCCUGCACCCUCGUCACCUGCUCCAUCUGCGGCCUCACGCACUCGUGGGAUCGUGGCUGUUGGUACCGCGGUUUUGAUCAUGGGGUUGGCUUCACUUUUGGCAGCUUAAAUUUAAGGGUUGUUAAGAGAUAAUUAAACAUCCAAAUCAAAUCCAAAUUUCAAAUAGACUGCCAAAAUCCAAAUAUUUACAAUUGUGACACAACACCUAGUUAUGUUAAUGAAUUUAAUUACCUACCAUAAUUCUGGCAAAUAAGUGCCUUAUUAUUACAAAAGUAUCCACUUUAUACUUCUCUUACGAUCA